AUGCGUUCUGUGUACUCAGUAGUUGAAGAUAAUCUUCGGAAUAAUCAUAACAAUCAUAAUAAUCAUAAUAAUAAUAACCAUAAUAACACCAGUCACACAAUCCUGCCAACGCAUAUUCCACACGAAUAUCAAGCAUUACCAGAACAAGAAGCCUCAAAUCUCUUCCGAUUGAUUGAAGAAUCUCCAAAUGGGACAGAAAUUAUCGGUGUUUCAAAAUAUCUGCACCAGUAUAUUCUAUUCAAUUUACAAUUCCUUUCUAGCCAAAAUCAAAAUCAUGCUAACAAGAUGAUUAAUUUUAACAAACUCCAGUUCAAUUUUCAGUUGCUUGAUACACAUGACCCGUUGACAAAUGCGUUAGAUUUAGAGUCGGUUAGUGGGAAAUUAACUGUGAAAAAGCGUAUCGACCGUGAAGCUCUAUGCAGUGCUAAUUCUUUCCCCUCGACAAUUACCAGCAGUAGCAGUAGCAGCAGCCUCAGUAGUAGUAGCAGUUCGAGGUUUCCAAUCAACGGUAGACCUCCUCUAUUUUUACAAAACGUACUGAACACUGAUAAAUAUUUAACUAAUUUAGGCUAUUUUAUUAAUCCAAUGCAUAUAAUAUCAAAUAAUUUGAAUAAACGAUGUAUUAAAACACUUCAUAUUCUAUCGACUACACAGAUAUUAGAAUUAAAUCAAGUCGAUAUUAAAAAGAUACCUAUUGAUUUAUUGAUUAUCGAUAUUAAUGAUAAUAGUCCAACAUGGAUAUCAGUUAGUAAUGGAAUCAACUUCCAUCCAACUAGAACAGCAACAUCUACUACUAAUAACAUUAAUAGUAGUAGUUAUCAGACGAAUAUACCAAACAUUAUCGUCCAGUUAUCUGAAAUCCCUAAGGAUGCCGGAGACGACUAUCCCAGUGUACAACCACAACAUCGUCAGCAAAAGUAUCUGCAGCUACAGUCAUCACGUACAGUACUACCAAGAGCUUAUGAUCCUGAUGAAGGAGCUAACAGUCAAGUGACCUAUCAUCUAGAGUCAAUCAAAAAACAGAUCGAUAAUCAGAACAAUAUCGAUCCUACUGAAUAUAUUCCGUUUAUUUUAGAAGAUAAUCCCAGUGGACCAUUGGAGCUAAUUUCAACAAUUAAUUUAGAUUAUGAACAGAAACAGCAUUAUGAAUUUUAUUUAUUAGCUACUGAUUCUGGAUUACCACAACGUACAGGUACUGCGCUAAUCAAAAUCAAUAUAAUCGAUGUAAACGAUCAUCCACCGAUAUUUGAUAAAUCAAUAUUCUAUCCACCAAAUGGUGGUAUCUCGGAGAAAACACUUCCCGGUACUGUAGUAUUAAAUUUAUCGGCUACAGAUGAAGAUGCUUCACCGAUGAAUAAUAGGAUCCGAUAUACAAUGGUUCAAGGUACACUGGCGAUGAAUUAUUUCAGUGUACAGGCGGAUGGUACAAUUAUCUUGAAACGUUGGUUAGAUUAUGAGACGAUGGAGACAAGUUUAACAGAUGACCAGCUGUUAUUUAGUUCAUUUCUGUCAGAUAUACCAUCGCCAUCAUCAUCAUCACCGACAUCAUCGUCCAACCUCAAUAAUCAUAACAUGAAUCAGAAUUCUAAAAGAUUUGUCUUCCAAGUGAAAGCUAUCGAUUCUGCACCUCAACCAUAUGAACGCAGUAGUACGGCAGUGGUUAUUAUCCCAGUGAUUGAUGAAAAUGAUGAAAUCCCUAUGAUAUCGGUGAAAUUUCUUGGUUCCUCGGAGAUGACAAGUCAAGGAGAAACAGGUUUAGUCAAAGAAAAUAUUCGACCACCUAUUCAACUGGCUUACGUCCAAGUAAGAGAUCUUGAUUUCAAUGGAAAUGAUCAAGUCACGUGUACACUAACUGAUACUGUAAACUUUUCCUUGAAAUCGAUCGAUUCUAUCGAUCAAUAUGGUAAUAAUAACAAUAAUAAUAAUAAUGCAAUGAUUGAUAGCCUUCAUGAAGUCAAUAAUCGAUUACAACUUCAGUCCUCGACAUCCUCAUCAUCACUGACAUCUACAAAUUCAAAAAAUGAUUAUAUUUUAAAUUUAAUUACAAAACCAGAUCGUGAACUCAACCCCCUAUAUUAUAUCCGUAUAAAAUGUACAGAUCAAGCUUUGAAUUUCAAUGAACAAACCAUCCGUAUCCGUGUCCUAGAUAUGAAUGAUGAACAACCAAGAUUUCAAAAAUCGAUAUAUCGAUUUAAUCUGCCAGAGAAUAGUGAUAAGCAAGUGAAGUCGUUUAACAGCGGAGCUGUAUACCUCAAUCGGGAUAAUGAUAAUAAUAAUAAAGAUAAAAUCACACAUACACCACAUCAAUCAAUAAUUUCCACGUCAAAUGGAAGAGAAGAUGAUGAUAAUGUUGACGGUGCGGUUGACAGUGCUGAUCAUGAAGAUCAUUAUGAAUAUCGUAUUGGUCGUGUACUCGCUGAAGAUAAUGAUCAAGGCGAGAAUGCACGGAUUGAAUACUAUCUGGAUGAGCAUUUCUUAGAGAUCAAGCCAUCAGAUAGUUCAGUUCUACCUUCAGCUUACCUGCUGACAAAUAAACCGACUGUUCUGGAUGAUAAAAACGUUUUCAUUUAUCAUCAUAGUCGUGAGGCGAUCCGCGUGGAUCAACUGUUUCGUAUCGACUCACAAACAGGCAUGUUAUAUGCACUGAAGAAAUUCGAUGUAGAAAAUGUCGAUUUGUUUCGUUUCAAUGUUUAUGCUCUGGACCAGCCGAAUCAGCUGACAUCAAUUCGACAUACAGGUACAGCGAUGAUUGAAAUUAAAAUCACUGAUGUGAACGAUUGGCCACCGUUAUUCAUACAAACAAAUAAUUCAAUGUUCAAUGCUACAGAUACUACUAAUAAGGACGGUUUAAGUAGUAGUAGUAGUGGUAGUUCUUCACGAAGUCUCGGUGGCGCUGGCAGUGCGACUCAUCCAACUGACAACAUUACAUCUCUGGAUCAUAAUGAAUUAAAUUUUGUAAAUAGUUAUAUCUUCCAUGUAAAAGAGAAUCGGCCAGCUUAUUGGUUAGUUGGACGUAUCAUUGCUAUCGACUUGGAUGUGGAGAGUAAAGCGAUGACGCAUAAUUUGUUGAAUAGAUUAUCCGCUUCGGGUGGAACAUCGUCAUCAUCGGCAUCAUCAACACCGGCAAAACAGGCGUUUCCUUCACCAACAUCAUAUAUCACGUUGAGAAUAGCAAAUGAUUCCCCGCUGGAUAUACGUAGAACAUUUAACCUGCACGCUACACAAGGUUAUUUGAGAACGUCAGUGUCAUUGGAUCGUGAAAAACAAAGUAUGUAUGUGUUUAAUGUGAUUGCUUAUGAUGGCAACCCAUCGACGGUUACUUCACAGACGUCAACGGCGACAGUCACAGUUUUUGUUGAGGAUGAGAAUGACAAUGAUCCUGUUUUCAUUAGACCUGCUACUGCCAGUUUGCCUGCAUCCUCAUCGUCAUCGCAGCGUCAAUCGAAUACCGAUAUGUCAAAGCAUAGUCCACCACAAUCAAUAAUUCACCAAACAAUUUCAAAUAAUUUACAAGAGAAACAAAAUGGCGCCAAAUUGAAUUGGCCCGCUUUUCCAACUUCUAUGGAUGAUGGUAAAAAUGAUAGAUUAAAACAAAUCAAUCAUAAUAAUAACAAUAAUUUAUUGAAACCAGUUGCACAACAAAUUAGUCAUAACAAUAAUGAUAAAGCGAAUAUACCUGUUGUAUUGGUACACAGAAGGGGCAAUAAUAAUAUUAAUAACAAUGAUGAUGACGAUUUCAAUAGGAAUGAAGCUUCUCAUAUGGAUGGUGACUCAAGACCGCUACUUCAAAUCGAGGCCAUAGAUGCCGAUGCUGGAGACAAUGGUAAAAUCACAUAUGAAAUUAGCGCUGGAAAUACAGACAAUCUAUUUGUCCUUAAUCCAGACACAGGAAUACUUUCCCUCUCUUCAAACUUGUAUACCACCUCAGCAGAACAAUCAGCAGAAUCUUCACCAACAAAAAAUACACAAACAAAGCAGAAUUCUCUUACUCCAUCUAAUCCAAUCAUGUAUAUGCUACGUUUCGAGGCAUGUGAUCGUGGCCGACCAAAACGUUGUGCACUACCUAUCUGGGUACAAUUGGUUAUCGAUCCGAAUGAAUUUCCACAUCUUGCACAACUAUCCCAUUUAACGAAUUAUUUAAAUCCAUCAUUAAUCAACACUGCUGAUAAAUUAAAUCAACCGGCAUAUUCAAUCGAUCAAUCUAUUGAACAUAUUGAACAGGCUAAAACAGCUUUACUUUCUGGUUAUCUUAAUUCAAAUUUAAACAGCAACAACAAUAAUAACAAUAAUAAUAAUGCUGGUUUAAACAAACAAAACCAUAUACGCUUUCAUGAAGACGAUGGCUUUAUUAGUGAUACCGAAGGCAAAACUUCUUACCCCAUGAAAUCAGCACAAUAUAAAAAUAUUUGGAAUGUUAAAUCCUCUGGUUAUAAUCGACAACACGAUCGCCAAGGGCAUAAUCAAUUUGGUCAACUUCAUCAUCAACAAUUAUUUGAGCAUAAAACAGGUUUAAUUCAACCGGGAAAUGAUGGAAGUUUUUUAAGUCAUGGCAAUGGACUGUCGUUGAAUCAUAACAAUAAUCAUAAUAAUAAUAAUCAUAGUUUUGUUAUCAGUGAAGUGGCAAUUGUUUGUCUUGUUAUUGUAUUCAUUAUUCUUUUAGUCGCUAUUAUGGUGUUGAUAUAUUUAACAAGACGUAAGACAUUUCUACUUCCAGUGACUGCUUCAAAGACAAGAGUGAAAGAUAACAAUUUUAAAUCACAUUCAGAGAGCAGUCAAUUAAAAGCUAAUGAAACGAAUAGUGAUACAUUGUGCGCGCCUAUACAACUUUCAGAGAAUGCCUCAUCAUUUUAUCGUACAAUGCCAGAAGGUCUGCUGAAUACCGCGACAACUGAAGGUAGAAUGUCAUGCUUCAAUGAGGCAGCUGUUGGUGUUGGCAAAUCAGUUACCCUGUCAACAGAUAUGAUGAGAAACCCGAUGGGUUCUCAACCGCUUAUUCGACGUAAUUCUGAACCACGUCUUUUCUUCAACACAAAUAUGAGUAGAUCAACCGUCCAAUCGGCCUUGUUUACACCUCAACUACAAAAUAAUCUCACUGACUCUACCUACACACCGAAAUCUCUAUUUCGUCCACAGACUUCACGAUUCGCUAUUGAACAUGAAUACCAAAGUCUAGCACCAGUGAUUGACAAUCGAACCGCCGCUGUAAUGAUGAGAACCACGACGACAGCCAAUGCUCAUUCUUCGCGAUGUUUAACUCCCUUCUUCGAUUAUCGAUCGCAUCAUACCCCACAACAUAUGAUCGAACAGGUUGGAAUGAGAAAUGCUUAUCGAAAUUGGGUACCAGUUCAUCUACAACAAUCCAGUACACCGAUGGAUGUGAGCCAUCAAUCUCUUGUCCAUUUAGAGACCACACUUAAUCAUAAUAAUAAUGAUAAUGGUAACAAUCGUGAAGCAGUACAACCGCCCAAAUCCCCUACAAUAAUCUAUGCCGCAUCACCAGACUCUCACAAGCAUCCAAUCCACUUUCGUGGAGACUCAUUACCCGUAUAUCCAAUGAAUCAGUUACAAAAUACAACAACAAAUUUAAAAUCAUUUCAUCAGAUGCCAGUUGAAGCGAUUCCAGGAAAACAUUUACCACCGCCACACCACCCCCAUCCUCAUCAUCCCCUUUCCACCUAUCAGGAUAUCUCCCUGUUACAAGCUACUCUAAGACGUCAUAAUCGUCGAUCGAUAAUUAUGACAACACAUUCAAAUCCAAUGAUGACUUAUAAUCACCAAGGUCACCAUCAAGGUCAUCAUCAUCACCCCGAACAACAGCAACACCAAGCGCAUCAUUCGAAUCGAUUAGUAUCAACAACCAAUCGAAAUCAAUUCAAAACAUUGCAUACACCAAAACAUCAUACUGGUGGUAUAUUUACACCAACACCGUCAACUGCUGCAACACUGACGCCUAGACUAAUGUAUUCUAAUAAUAACUUAAAGCCUUAUCACCCCAACAAGACAAGAUAUCACAUGUCUACACCAUUGAAAGAUGAAUUAGAAUGUGAACAAUUACUGUUGCUAGAGAAUAGGAAUAAUGAAAAUAACGAAAAUCAAAAGUUACUACAGCAACCAGAUGAUGUAAUCAAUUCGAAUUAUGUUGAUAGUAAUAAUAACAAUAAUAAUAAUAGCAAUGAUAGGGAUUUUAAUGAUGAUGAUAAUGAACAUUUAACUGAAAUACCGAAUAAUUUAAAUUUUGCCAAAAUGUCACAUGAUCAACAAUCGACCAAUCAACAAACUGAGACGAAUCAAUUGAAUUAUCAUGAGAAUAUCCUUCAUGAGGAUCAGGAUGUUGAUGGUGAUGAUGAAGCUGAUGGAGAUGAUGACCGUGGUGAUGAUGAUGUAGAUGAUGGGAAUAAUGAAGAGUGUGACAAUCACCAGGGUGUUUCCGGUCUCCUUAAAUCAGUAUCAACAAAUUCCCUUCCAAUGCUUAUUGAUAUGAACAAUUCAUCAGGUGAAGAUAUAAAUUCAAAUCUCAAUAAAUUUACACAACCACAAAAAUGGUAUCCUACAUCACCUACAUCAACAACAAUGCAUCUAUUGUCUAAUCAAUCAAAUCCAUGCAAAUAUACGUAUAAAACAUUUAGAGAGGCUAGUUUUGUUUAAAUCGAUCAAAUAUAUAUAUAUAUAUGUAUUCAAUGUGUACAAUAUAAAUCACAUUUUAAAAGCCCGCGCGCGCUAAUUUCACUUUAAACAAAAUUUACAUUAGUAUAUACAAAUACACACACAUACAAAAUAAGCGCCAAUUGUUUAAAUUUUCAGGAAAAAAAUCAAUAAACAACUAACUGACUCACUACUGAACUGAAUUUCUUCGAGUAUAUAUCAUCUCAUUGUGUUCUAAUGUUAAUGAACCCUCUUUUUUAAGAUUUUUUGUUUAAAUACACCAAACGAAACACUCAUGUAUGUGAUUCACAUGAAUAUAGAU